AUGGCGACCGCGGAAGCAGCAGCAGCAGCUUCAUGGCUGCCCGCGACGCCAUCGGUGUCUCGCCCCUCUACAUCGGAUGGGGAAUCGAUGGCUGUGGUAAAGCGGCUGAUGACAGACGUCCCCUUCGGCGUCCUGCUCUCCGGCGGGCUGGACUCGUCGCUGUUGGCGGCCGUCGCCGUGCGCCACCUCGCCGGGACAGAGGCGGCCAAGCGCUGGGGCACCAAGCUCCACUCCUUCUGCGUCGGCCUGGAGGGGUCCCCUGACCUGAAGGCGGCCAGGGAGGACGGCAUUGAUGCAAUUGAAGACGUGAUCUACCACACCGAGACGUACGACGUGACGACGAUCAGGGCGAGCACGCCCAUGUUCCUCAUGUCGCGCAAGAUCAAGUCGCUCGGGGUGAAGAUGGUCAUCUCCGGCGAGGGCUCCGACGAGCUCUUUGGAGGCUACCUCUACUUCCACAAGGCACCCGACAAGGAGGAGUUCCACCGCGAGACCUGCAGGAAGGUUAAGGCUCUGCAUCAGUAUGACUGCCUGAGAGCCAACAAGGCGACGUCGGCUUGGGGCCUCGAGGCUCGCGUCCCCUUCUUGGACAAGGAGUUCAUCAAUCAGGCCAUGAGCAUCGAUCCUGAGUGGAAGAUGGUACUGACUGAAACUACUUGA